AUGGCUUGCCCUAAAUCUCCUGUGAAGCAUUCACUUGCUUCGUUCUCGCCCCCUCCGUCUUCUCAGCACAAAAAAAUGGCCUCCCAGCUUUCCCAGCAAUAUGCUUUCCGCGCACAGAAGAGCACGGGCCUCGUUGGCGGCACACCCACAUACAUGCCAAUAGAGGGAUUCGCCGUCCCCGAUGUCCCAGCUCGCACAUACCACUACAGCCCCGAUGGUCGCCUCUUUGCAUACGCGCUACCAACUGUUGUGCGGAUCUUUCUAGCCGAAGGUGCCCAGCUGCUUCAAGAACUGAGUGUUCCAAAUAUCAUCGAACUCAAGUUCUCUCCGCGCGGAACAUACCUCUCUACAUGGGAGCGGCCAGGUACGCCUCGUUCAAGCUGGAAGAUGGCGCCCAGCACAAGAAUCUCUGCGUCUACCGACGAGGAGCUCAUCUCAUUCACACAAAAGUCGCAGGAGAAUUGGGACCUUCAGUACACCAUAUCUGAGUCAUAUGCCAUUCGUCUUGUUGCUCAGGCGAUCCAGGUCUACCGUCCUGCUGAAUGGGGGAAGGGCAUUGCCGGCGCCCUUGCGGUUGUCAAGAUCUACGGCCUAUCCAACCUUUCUGGCGCUCCCACUUGCUCUAAAACUUUCUACAAGGCUGAUCGCGCCCAGAUAAGGUGGAACGAUCUUGGCACACAGGCACUAGUCCUUAUACAAACGGAGGUUGAUAGCUCAAACAUGAGCCACUAUGGCGAGACUGGUAUGUACCUCCUGAGCACGGCAGGUAAUUUCGACUGUCGCAUCACCCUGGACAAGGAGGGACCGAUCCAUGGCGUCUUGCGGAGCCCAAACUCGAAAGAAUUUGGCGUUGUCUAUGGAUAUAUGCGUGCUAAAACUACACUCUUUGACCAACGUGUGCGGACGCUUCACAAUUUUGAAUCCUCUCCUCAUAACUUUAUCUCUUCCAAUCCGCAAGGACGAAGAUUUAUACCAUCGACGUACCAAACACCUCUUAUUGCGAAUGGUCGCCUUGCGGCAGAUGUGACAUUGCACCGGUGGACUUAUGCACGUCCAGCUGGUAGAAAAAUUAUACCAGGCAUCGUGGAGACCUACGCCACUCGAUCAAGCACCCUGUUUGGUUCGACUAUCCCUGCCGCACCCCAGCCCUCAAUCGGUGUAUUGAUUGCGGCUCUAGCAGCAAAAACCGCUACACCUAAACCUGCAGACCGCCUGGUGCACGUGGCCUUGCAACACUAG